CAUUGACGGCACUGCACGUGUUUCGGAACCACGUCAACCACGUGGGAAAGACAGGUUCUCGGCGGCUCGGCAGAACUUGAAAGAUGUAUGUUUUACAGGGCAGCAGGUGAUGAGGGUGGCUGCCAGUUCCAGAGUGAAAAGAUCAUGUUUUACGUGAUAGGAUUAGGUCUAGGCGAUGCGAAGGACGUCACUGUCAAAGGACUCGAAAUUAUUAAAAGAUGCAACCGCGUGUACCUGGAGUCCUACACCUCGGUCCUAACAGUACAGCAGGAAUCCUUGGAAGAAUUCUAUGGACGUCCCCUGAUCGCAGCUGAUCGCGAGCUAGUGGAGAGUGGCGCGGAUGAGAUACUUCCGAGGAAUGAGGACGAAGAUGUUGCUUUUCUGGUUGUAGGAGAUCCCUUUGGAGCUACCACACACACAGAUUUAGUUCUGCGUGCGAAGGAGAAAGCUAUACAGGUGAAAGUCAUACACAAUUCAUCAAUACUAACUGCAGUUGGUUGCUGUGGUUUGCAACUUUAUUCAUAUGGAGAAAUUGUUUCGAUUCCAUACUGGACCGACACUUGGCGACCUGAUAGCUUUUACGAGAAGAUAGCUUCCAACAGGCAGAGAGGGCUGCACACACUCUGUCUUUUAGAUAUCAAAAUUAAGGAGCCUACUCUAGAAAGUAUCACAAAGAAGAAAAAGGAGUAUAUGCCUCCAAGAUUUAUGAGCGUCAAUGAGGCUGCCAGUCAACUGAUAACAAUACUUGACAAUAAAAUUCAGGAUGAAGGCCAUAAAGAUUUAGCGUUUACGCGACAAAGUUUGGCGGUAGGUUUAGCGCGCGUGGGCUGCGAAGACCAGCACAUUGUCGCUUGUCCUCUGCAAGAUAUGAUGCAUGCAGAUUUGGGAUCACCACUGCAUUGCCUCGUUAUACCAGCUGAAAAACUCCAUCCCCUUGAAAUAGAAUUUCUGACGCAGUUUGCUCUCGACAAGAAUCAAUUCAAAGAAAUGAUGCAAUAAGCAUGACCUUUUUUUUAUUUAAUGAAGAAUAAUGUGAGUUAUUUUGUACAGUGAUUUUGAAAAAUUAAAUUAAUUAUAUCAAAUUAUUAAAUGA